AUGGCGGGCUCUCCGUACCCGAAGCGGAAGCGGAGUAAAGAGACGACCUCGUCUCCUUCUCCUUCUCCAAAAGCGGUGGCGGCGGGUGCGGGUGCGGUUGAGCAGCAGCGCGACGAUUUUGACGACGACGAGAAGAAGAAGAAGAAGAAGAAGAAGACGAAGGCAAAGACGAAAAUCAAAUCACACCAAAACGACGAAGAAACUUUACGCAAAAAAAAUCAAACGACGACGACGACGACGACGAGUCAGACGACGACGAUUGGUUCUAUCGAGGAAAAAGAAAAGGAGGAGGAAAACGACGAGAAGAAGAUCACGCCGAGAGAAUGGUUCGCGCUGUUAGUACACUCCUCUUCGCGAUAUCGAAAGCACUUAGAGCGCUUGAAAUGCGACGACCGUAACGAAAAGGAAGAGGAGGAGGAGAAGGCGUUGGAUGAUUCUUUUUCCGAGGAGGAGGAGGAAGUUGAGAAGAAAAAAGGAGACGACGACGAAAAGAAGAAGAAGAAGCGAAAAGGAGUAGAAAAAGAAGAAGAUGGAGAUGAACAAAAACGCGAAGAAAUAACGCCGUACAACGCGUUAGAUUCCGGAAGUCUUUUGUUUGAAGACAUGUGGAACGUGCGAUCGAGAGCGAUGGAGGAGUAUACGCCCGCAGAAAUUACAGCAAACAAACACGGUCGCGUCGACAUUUCGUAUCCUUCGAAGACUAUUUCGGCGGGGCCGACAGGUACCGCGAGGGAACGCCUGAAGAAGAUUAACAGAUUCGAGAAGAAAGAAGAAGGGGAAGAAGGGGACGCAUGGACCAAAGAAUUCGACGGAAUCGAAACGUUGGCACAGCUGUUGAUACAAAAGAAGUCGCACUUGUCCAAGAUUUUAGAGCCGGUGUGUCAUAAUGACUUUUUCUUGAAGGAACCGACGACGAGCGAACAACUCAGUCGGUUACCGCACUCGCACAGGUUUACUGAAAUCUAUGAAAGAGGAUCCACGACCGAAGAACGCGUGGAAAGAUUGAAGAUGAUUGCGUACGUUUUAAACUUGAAGCUACCGGGUGACGUUUGUCAGAAGAGAACCUCGAGUCACAUUCGAGCAUUUCAAGGGCUAAUGAAGGAAGUGUUGACGCGUUUAAAGUCGCUGGCGUUUGCAUGCGCCAGACACGAGUUGUUCGAUGCCGUAGAAUUUCUUUCGUUGGAAUCAAACUUAGUCACGAAAGAGAUGACGAGAGAAGAAGAGCAAAUCAACACGGCGAGAGAAAUUACGCUUCAAAACGCGCAGAUUUUAACCGCGGUAAUGGCAGUUAUGAUCAGUUUAAUCGGCGAAAGCAACGAAAAAGAGUUUCAGACUUGGCAAAAAUUAGAAUACACGGGACACGCGUCCGCAAACGCGGAGGCAAGAAAGACAACUAGCAGCAAAUCGGUCGGGACCACUAAAUUAGAUUUCGACAGCUUAAAAAGGUUGGCGCGAACGUUACGCAAGAAAUUGUACGCGAGAAAUACGAUAACGGCACCAUGGCAGGGAGAGAUGAUAACCGAUUUUGGGGCUAUGACGAAUAAGAAAGAAGAAGGCGCGCUCGGAAAAAGAUCGAGAACACCGAUAGCGGCCGCCGGUGGCCAAGAGCCUGACGACGAAUACAACGAAUUAGAGGGGAUGGAGCACGACCAAGCGAUGAAAGGAGAUGGAACAAAACUGCAGCAACAAACAACCACGACGAAGAUAGCCACGGCAUCUCUUUUGACGCAUUGCUCGUAUUUGUUUACGAGAAGCGAUAUGCGCUUGGAGGAUAGCGAUAUUAUAGGUCGAUGUAUCUAUUCCAUUCCAAUCGUUUCACUCGCGGUUUCGCGGUUUCGAGCCUAUGAACGGAACGAUUCCACGGAAGGUAUAAAAAUACACAAAGCUUUUAGUGAAGUUUACAAGCUCGGCAGCGACAUCGUUUCCCGUCUAUGCGCAAUGGCUGGAGAUAUAUACGGCACCAUGUUGCCAAAAAAUUUAGACGAGACAUUCUUCACCUCAGGAGAAAAGGUGAUAGUGGCAGAGAAUUUAUCCAGGUGGUAUGCGCCCGAUUUUAUCGAGAGCAAAGAGGUGUUCUUGUACUCGGAGAGUGUACAGAUGCAGGAUACAUACGAAUACGGCCAAUGGUUAUUGAUGCCGCACUCCGAGACAAAAGCUGCAUUUUGCCGCAAACUCGUUGCUUUCUUUGUAGCGGCACAACACGACGGGUUUUUCGGGAAUUUUCAUCCUCUUCCUCGGAAAGAUAUUUGUCGCACUUUGUGCAUCUUAAAGUAUCACAAACACUUAGUUGAUGGCAUCAAACGCGACUAUGUGGACCGAUUAUACAGUCCUACCGAGGAAAGUGGCAACGUUGAAGCAUCGUUACCGAUGCGCGAUAGGGCGGGACAAUAUGGACCAAUUCUCUACAAGUUGAUCGCAAAGUUGAGCAUUUUGAAAGAAAUGGCGAAAGAGACGACGGAAAAUCUUGCAUCGAGUACCGCAGUUCGAGAGAAUAAGUGCGGCGACUGCGCGGAGCUCAUUGUCAAAGAGACGAACAUUUUACCGUUACUUCUUCAGCUCUUGCGCGAUAUACCGUCAGACGCAAUCAUAUUGCAAAAGGCAACCGGUGGUCACCGCUUCAUCGCACUCGACCUCGAGUUAGCGUCGUUGUUUGGAGCUUUAUUAAACAAGAAAGAGCAAGUUCGCGCGGAGGUGCUGAAAUACGAGGAGGGCGCAUUCGUACCAUUGAUAGUGACGAGACUGCUCGAUAUGCUGUCACCGCAAUCGUCUUCCGCAUCUUCCUCCUUGUCGAUGGGACAAUGGUAUCUUGAAAACUACGAAAACGCCAUGUGUGCCUCUCCGACGUAUUGGAUGAAGAGGUCUUUAUGGGAACAAACGAAUUUAAAGAAUCAACAACCGAAACCGGGAAUGAGCUCUUAUCAAACGGCGCGAAAGAAAGGUGCCGUAACGGCGGAAAUUAUUCAAUGCGUUUCCGAAUGUGUUGCGAGCAUGAACGGAAAAAUAAGAGAGAUCAACGACGAGUUGGACAAGCGCGACUUCUCCUCCGUAUUGUUGAAAUUGCUCGAACGAAAAGAAGGCAACGUGAAAGAAUCGGUUUCGGCGGCAAUCAUCGCCAUGGGCGAACAUAAGAAAAUAAUAGGAAAGAUUGAACACUUGAUCAAGAGCUUCGGCAAGAACUUUCGCAACUCCGGUAAUCCCAAGCAAUUGCUCUCGGUAACUGAGCGAGACGGGCUGAAAUCUAUGAUGCGCUCUGUCACAGAGUUAGUGAAGGAAACUCCAACCGUGCCGGACGUUAUCAACCGCGUCGUCAGCCAAACUCGCAUGGCUAGAUGGAUGGAGAGACUAUGGCGAGAAUCGGAAGAACAUAUUUACGACAAUAUGAAGAACACCGAAGAAGGAAUGGCAAAAUUGAAAUCAUUUGAGGAAGAAUACAGCAAGGGAACUUUAGUCAACUGGCGUACUCUUCGGAAGGAGGCGGACUUGAACGACGCGCUCAAACAGAUCGUCGGAUGUUCAACCUCGGAAGUCCUGAAGUUUCGAAGUUGCUACGACGAUGAAGACCAGAACAUAAAGAAGACCAAGUUGUAUAAAAGCGUUCGUGUUUACGCGCGAAUAUUUCGGGCGAAAGUCGCGGUGGGUUCUCUCGGCUUACCGGAGGGAAAUCCAUCGACGGAUGUGGAUGCGAGCGAUCCAACGUUUCUAGCGACUGGGAAGUACCCAUCGGUGCUCGAAUUGAAUUUAGUAGAAACGAUUAUAUCUGCACUCGCGCAUACGCGUUUAGAAGACGCUUGCGACGUCAUGGUUGACGAAGGAAUGGUUGAAAGCGUGAAAUCGUUGAUACAAGUUCUCUGUGAAAUCAACGAUCGAGUGGCAACAUUGUUAGACGUCGUGAAAGAUGAAAAGGAUCCACGCAUUGUUUCCGUCUCGGAAGUACUCAAAGAAGCGUGUUAUUGCAUGAGUUUAUUGGCUAGUAAAUCGUGUCAUCAAGAUCGCGUCGCAGACGCUGGGGUUAUUCCAGUCUUGGUCCAGAUAAUCUCGAACUUUAACUCAAAGCAAAAGGAAAAACCGCACGAUCCGGUCGCCAUCACAUCUUCUGUUGCGAGACGCGCCGCCGACGCCAUCACGAACCUCGCGCACGAAAAUCACGCCAUCAAAUCCACCGUGAGACACGAUGGUGGUAUUCCGCCGUUGAUUUCCUUGCUGCAUUGCGUGCACGACGUGAAAGUACAACGCGCCGCCGCUGCCGCCUUGAGAACAUUGGCAUUUAAGAAUCCUGAAAACAAAAACCAAAUCGUCGAAGAAGGCGCUUUGAAAAUGCUCCUUUUCAUGGUCCGCUCAGAAGAUUCUUCGGUACACAAAGAAGCCGUCGGUGUGAUUGGGAAUCUCGUUCAUUCGAGUUUACCCAUUAAGAAACGAGUUUUAGACGAAGGCGCUUUACAGCCCGUCAUUGGUUUGUUAUCUUCCUCGUGUCUUGAAUCGCAACGAGAGGCGGCUUUGUUGCUCGGCCAAUUCGCCGCUACAGAGCCUAAAGAUUAUAACAUGACUCGAAUCGUCCAGAGAGGUGCCAUCGCACCUUUAGUCGAGAUGCUGAAGAAUUCGGAUCCUGGUUUACGUGAAAUGGCCGCGUUCGCGCUGGGAAGACUCGCGCAAAAUACGGAUAAUCAAAUCGGCAUUUGCUUUGGCACCGGUAUUGGUCCUCUCUUGAAACUUCUCGAUUCGAACAUCGAUGACAUCAUGUUGCACUUACGAGAAACAAAUAGUUCGGUCAAAAAGCCGGACUCUGAGUUGAAAGUCGACGCGAGACGAUACGUGGAGAAUUUGCAACAUAACGCAGCCUUUGCUUUGUACGGAUUAUCGGACAAUGAGGAUAACGUGCACGUAAUCAUCGCGGAAGGGUCGGUUCAACGUUUCCGCGACGCCACUCUUCUGUUGGAAGCUUCCACCACGUGCGUACAAAAAACGUUGCAACGUUUGGAAGACAAACUGACUUUAGAUAAAAACAAGAAAUGUCGAGAGUAUUUGCAAUAUCUGAUGACGACGGAGCCAAAACACGCGAAGAAGUUUCGCAUUGCCGUCGCUUUCGCGCACUUGUGCAAUAAGAAAGACAUGCAGGACAUCUUCCUCGAAUCCGGAGGUUUGAAAAUAUUAAUCGACGUUCUCAUUGAUCACGCGUGGAACAAAACUGGACACAAGUCUUCCGAAAACGGAGUGUCUUUCAGUAGACCUGGAACUAAUAAUAUCGAACCGCGGCGAUACUUCCUAAAGUCGCUCGCGUUUACGAAAGAAAUAAUGAAAUACGACAAUCCAGGUUCUGACUUCAAUAAAAGUAUCGUCGCGAUUACAGAAAAAUUAGCAAACGUCCAAAAAUUGCACGGUCAUUGCUUGACCGCUUCCUCGUUGCUUCCGUCUGGAGCGACUGGAGCGAAUGUGCGGGAAACCAUAGAGGCUAUUUCUAGCAUCGUUGAAAAGACGAAACGCGACGGUCUAGGGAACAACGGCCCGGAAGUUUUCUUAGACGAUGACGAGUUCAUGGAACUCGACGGCGACGACGCAGCAAACGAAAUCGUGGCAAAUAAGUAUGUUUCGGAAAUUUCCACUCAAUUCUUUCCCAAAGAUAACGGCGAGAAGGAAUUAUUCAAGGAGUGUCUCGUGGUCAUGGAUGGUGGCGAAUAUAAAGUCAGACUUGGCGAUCGGAUGUCAGGGAUACCGGAAAUGAAAAUGAGCGCGAAAACCAAGAACCUUGAUUUAUGCGACGUCGUGUUCGUGUGCGCCUACGGUCGUCUAGAGUAUCAUGCGCAUCGAAUUGCAUUCGCACACGCGAGCGAGAAGUUCUUGAAGCUAAUAGAAGCUGGUUGUUUGCACGUUAAAAACACAAGAAACAAAAAGAAGGAAGAGAAAGUCUUUGGAGCGAUGGUUGACGAAGAGGAAGAUCCUGCACGCAUGGUGAUUGACGACGACGACGACGACGACGACGACGACGACGACGACGAUGACGACGACGACGAUGGCGACGACGAUGACGACGACGAUAACGAAAAAGACAACGCGAUGUGUCGAGUGAAGCUCGAUUGUUCCCAAUUUGCCUGCGAGCAAUUGCUGUACUAUUUGUACUCUGGAACAUUCACUGGGGUGAGUCUCUCGCAACGCGAAAGUUUGCCUUCAGACUUCUCCACCUUAAUACAGGAUUACUACUUUGAAGUACUCAAUUUGGCGAGGAAAUACGAUCUCGCCGGUCUCGUUCGAGAAGUUGAAGUGAGUUUCAAAGGCCUUUUUACCGUGCAAAACUACCUACGAAUCAUGUAUCACCCGUUGUUGGAAAAAUCGGAGGUGAUUACUAAGCUCGGCUGGCAGUUUGCGUUUGAGAAGAGAAACGUGCAUAAAAUAAUCGAGCUGCACGGUAUGAACUACUACACGAUGAUGAUGCACGAUGACGAAGAAAAAUUGACGAGCUGGUUAUCAGAUCGAAUCAAAAAUGCUCGCGACUUCACGCAAGGAGACGAGCAAGAGUCAGAAGAUGAGUUGCCUGAAGAGGAUGGAGAAGGUCCGGAGGAGGAAUUUUUUUAA